AUGAUUACGGAUACUUUGUUUCUCAUACCAUUGCUGUGGUCAAGCGUGCUGAACAACAAAAAUUCAGCCUUCGCCAAAUACAUAUCUCCCACAGCGGCAGAUCGUACCAGUAUGUUGGUGUCGAUGCUGCUUGCUGGUGAUUUUUCGGCGAUCCAGGAAAAAGCUAAAAGGCCACAUGCUUGCGUACGUUGCGGAAAAUCUUACAUGGCUGCUGCUUCUUUGAGUCGACAUCGACGACUUGAGUGUGGUGUUCAACCGAGCGAAGUUUGCCACUUGUGCGAUCGAAAGUUUAGGCACAGAUUUGUACUGAAACAACAUGUAUUUAAUUUCCAACUAUUACUGCUUGCACUCGAAGACAUCAGCGAUAUCCUCAAAGAGAUCUUACGGAAUCAGAUUAAAGGCUGCUCAGCGAAACUUACAAGUCAGCCUGUCAGUAAAGUUAAUCAGCCUAAAACAAACGUCGACGUAGUAGCCGGUGACCUACACUUGGACACGAUUUGGAGUGAUCGCGAGUUUGCGGAAAAGUAUGCACUAGAGCUACCUCUGAAAGAGCUUUGUGACUUUUUGAUGUUUGAUCAGAUUUUGAAAGAGAACCCGGAUGUACGGCGCGAUUUUAUGUCCAUGCUACCAUGUUUAGUCGAUCGACACAAUCUCAUCUCAAAAAGUACUACGAACAUCUUGAGAAAAUUCAUUUCGAGAUCCGUUGUCAUGAGAUUCACCGUCCAGAAGAAAAUCAGCGAUAAAAUCAUUUUGAAGGACACACAGUUCUGCAAGUGUGCUGUAGAUGUGCUGAUGAAAAUGCACAGAGAUAAUCACAGUGAUCUAGUUACUGAAAAAGACGUCUUUAGCGCGUUUGGAAGUUCGCUCAACAAUGCCAAGGAUUGGGACGGGUAUCGCUCGCAACGCAAGGAGAAAAAGACAUCUGAUAACAAUCAAAGUUGAACUGGCAGCAUUUUUUUCUGUGAUUAUUACGUUGUAAACGUAACUAUAUAUAUUAACAUGUGAAAUGAUGUGACUAUUAGCAAGUACAUGGAUUAAAAUUUAAUAAAAAUA